AUGCUCCUCCUUCUGGCCGUUACUACUCUACUUUGGGGAUACGCUUUGUGCAUACAGUGCGGUCGAAGCCGUCAUUCGAGCAAAAACAGCAGUGUGAGCAUGAGAUCGCAGGAGACCUCGGCGAGGAAGCCGAAGAAAGAGAUCAAACCCACCAUCACCUCGGCUUGUUGUGAGGCCGGGGGGACCACUGCCAAUCAGGAUCGGAUCUCCGUCAAACCGUUGAGGUAGGAGAUCCUUGAGGCUGUUUUAGAGUUUUUUUCACUAAACACACCUUUAUUUUAGCAGUCUUUGAUAAUCUUUUAUGUUAUCCAUGAUGAUUACAUGGAUUUUCGAUUAAAAAUCAAGUUUUUACGUCCGAUAGCCAGAUUUUCCUCUAGAAAUCAUAGUAAUAAGACUCCAUACCGCAUAUACUAUCUAUUUUGUUUCAGACAAAUGGACCAAGAAAGCGAUCUGAGCCGCUCCUUGAUCUCCCCUUCAACUGUCCAUUAA